AUGAGAGGUCGGGCUUUGGGCGCGCUGACCUUGCUCCAAGCUGUGACGGUAGCACUUGACUACGACUACGAAGGGUAUCGUUCCAGGAGUGGCGUCACUGCCUGGGUUGACGUGGACACGCCGUUGGAUGCUCGCUCCAAGAAGUCAUCCCGCGGCGAGACGUGGGAUCUCGUGAUGAGCGACGAGUUUGAGAUCGACGGCCGAUCGUUCGUACCAGGGCAAGAUCACAUGUGGACCGCCUUGGACAUCCCCGACGGGGUGAACGCCGCCAUUGGUCUGUACAACUCGUCUAACGUGUACACUUUGAACGGCAAACUGAUCAACCGCGUGGACGAAAUGCAAACAAACGUCACGUACUUUAACCAAUGGCUUGAAGUGCCCGACUUCGAGUCCAGCACAUUGCACUACUCCGCUGGCAUGAUGCAGUCGUGGAACAAGUUUUGCUUGCAGGGCGGGCUCAUCGAAGUGGCGGCCAAGCUACCCGGCGCCGUCAACGUCCUGCCGGACAACACUGUACUCACCCCUAGCGACCGCGUCCAAGACGGAGCUUACUACCCCACAUGGCCCGGCAUCUGGCUGCUCGGGAACCUCGGCCGCGCGCUCUUCUCGGCGUCCACCACGCGAAUGUGGCCGUGGUCGUACAAUGAGUGUGACCCCGAUUACCACCCCCAUCAAGCCAUCUCUGCGUGCGACCCCAAUCCUGGCUUUGGCUUGAACCCAAACCAAGGCCGAGGCGCCCCCGAGAUCGACAUCCUUGAAGGCGGAGGAGCUGCCAUCUCGUCGUCCAUUCAAGUCGCUCCGGGGAUGCCAGACAACUACCGCCGCAAGCCGGUUGAAGCGCCUGACGGCGUGUUCUGUUUUUACGGCAAGGCGUGUGCCACCCCUGGCGCCAACUUUCCAGAUAUCCCCACGAGCGCGUACGCCGACCGAGGCCAUCGCAGCUGGUAUCAAGGGCUCAAGUACGCUGCCAACAACCGGUGCCCCACCGAUCCCAACGAAGUGCAGCAAUACGAACCGGUGAAAGCAGUGCAAAUGAACCCGGCUUUGCUCACGACGAACAUCUACGACAAGAUGCAAGUGAGUGCCGGACGGGACGCCAACGCCGACUUGGGGCUCAUCGACGGCAAAGGGCCGGACCACUGGGGCAUCAACUACAACGGCACGUGCUUUCCCAUUGCGAAUGGGUACAUUGGCGCGUUUUUAUGCGACCCCGACACAAAGAACACCAAAUGUGCAGCGACCCGCAUGGACGGCGUCCCCAACACCAACCAGAUGCCCCCGUUCGAGUACCAGAUGGACGCAAUUUCAGCUAAUUGGGACAUUGGCCACGAUGCGUACACGACGUUUUACAUAUACCAAAUCGAGUGGGUGCUGGGUGAGUCAGGGUAUGUACGCUGGAUGCUCGAUGGCGCGCCUUUGUUUGAAAUUCCGUCGGUGACGUUUACCAAGCCCCCCCAAGCCGGGCCUGGCAAACCGCGCAACCCGAUUAAGUCGCCCAUUGAAGAGCCUCUGUACAUCAUCAUCAACAUUGCCGUGGCGAGGGCUUGGGGCGCUACCCCGCCCAACGCAAACAUUGGGCCGUGUCGUGGCGAUGCCAACACACCCAAGCCAGGCACUCCUGAGUUCAACAAGUCCAACAACAUUUGCGACUCGUUCCCCAUGUACAUGGAGAUUGAGUAUAUUAGAGUGUAUCAAGAGAAGAGCUCGAUGUACAUUGGAUGCGAUCCCCCCACUCAUCCCACCAAGGAAUGGAUCGAUGGCCACCUCGAAUGGUACACGAAUGUCAAUAACACCAUGAUCCGAGUGGACGGUGGCGCGACAUGCAACAAGGACGACGACUGCCAGUCCAUGUCGGCGUCCAUGCCCAGUGGUCGCUGCGUGAAACGUCGCUGCAACUGCGUCAAGGGCUAUGGCGGCCCUCGAUGCACCAAGUUUCUCGGCAGCAAGUCACUUGACUUGUCCGACGGCACGUACUUUGGCCCGACGAUCUUGUAUCCCGCCAUCAUCGCAAGCGCAAUGGUGGCGUUGAUUGUGUUGACCUGCGUGUGGCGAAUGCGCCAGCGUAGUUCCGCCGCCGCCAUGGCGUCAUCUAUGCGCAAAUCAAAGCACCAAGGCGAGGUGGAGGCUGUUGCCGAAGUCUCAGUCGGCACAGCCACCGGGCAAUCGAGGCGAUACUACGCCCCUGCCAACACUGGUUAA